AUGGAGCUGGAAGACCUUCUCACGCAGCCCACGCAGGGCACGCAGAGCACCAUGGACCCGCGGCGGAUGGGCAGGAAUAACUCAGGUUUGGCACCAUCAGAUGUCUCGGAUGUUAUGUGUAUCCUGCAUCCCUCCACCCCAGCAGCAUUCCAAUUGGUGAUCGAGACUGCACGUCGCUCUCCACAGCACAUUCUCCAGGAUGUAUAUGGAUAUCGCAACCAGCAUGCCGCCAGUCCUAGCAUGUUGGAAGAGGAAGAGACAUUCAUUUUGGAAGGAAAUAGCACGAACCAGGCGCUGGAUCUGGCGUUGCGCUUCUCGUCACGACUUCACCGACCAGCUCUGGGAUUCGUCGUUGGCCGUAACAUGGGCAUGUGCGACAUCGCAGUCUCGUCGGACGUCCACAAGCGCGUCAGCAACAUGCACUUCAGCAUCUACAUGAACGAAUCAGGAGUACUCAUGCUUAAGGACAUGUCUACAAAUGGUACGAUGGUCGAUGAAGUGCUGUUGAAGGGCAGAAAUCACAAUGGACCGAAGCAGCGGAUGCUCAACCACGGAAGUAUCGUUCAGAUCCUGUCCCCAUCUCCGACCGAGGCACUGAAGUUCAUUGUGCGCAUUCCAUCGCGCGUCGAUUUCAUGGACGAAUAUGAGAUCAAGUUCAGCGAGUAUAUUGAGAGGCAAGUCGCCGCUGUCAGAUUUGAUAAGCAAGAGGGAAGGGCGAUGGCCGCACCGAAGUUCUCCCCCGGCCAGGCACGACUACCAAACACCGCGGUGAAGGCACCCAUCGUUCACAACUCUUACGGCAUGCACUGGAAUGGUGGUGAGACCUACAACGUUGUGGGUCAGAUUGGGAAAGGCGCCUUUGCGAGCGUUUAUCAGCUGGCGACAAAGGCAGAUGGACAGCUUUUCGCGGCGAAAGAGCUGGAAAAGCGCAAGUUCAUGAAGAACGGCGUUCUCGACCAAAAGUUGGAGAACGAGAUGCACAUCAUGCAGCAGAUCGAGCAUGCGAGCAUUGUCCAAUACCACGAAUACCAGGACGUCGCCAACCAUCUCUACAUUAUCAUGGAGUAUGUUCCGUGUGGCGACUUGCAGCAGUACUUGACCGAAGUUGGACCACUCGAUGAGCCUGUUGCCAAGCAGAUGGCGACUCAAGUGUUCGAUGCCUUGGACUAUCUUCAUCACAAGAGAAUCACGCACCGCGACAUCAAGCCAGACAACAUCCUCAUCGGUUCACGCGAUCCAAAUAACUUCAUCAUCAAGCUUUCCGACUUUGGUCUCUCGAAAGUGGUCAAGGAUAAUGACACCUUCCUCAAGACAUUCUGUGGCACACUCCUCUACUGCGCGCCGGAAGUGUUCCCACACUACGAUGCGCAUGUCUCGGGUAAAGGCACGAAGCGCCCACGAAAGCCGCCUCCACAGCAGUCGAGCAAAUUCCACAGCUACAGUCAAGCCGUGGACAUCUGGUCAUUUGGUGCUGUGCUGUGGUACUCCUUGUGUCACAGACCUCCAUUCGAAGGCGUGCCUGGUAAUGCCGGCCGUGGCAUGUUCGAUAAGAUCAUGAUGACACCCCUGGAUGCCGCCGAUUUGGUGAAGCAAGGAGUCUCGGACGAGGCUGUUGCCUUGCUAGUUUCGAUGUUAAAUACCGACCCUGCAGCACGACCUUCGGCAGAGGAUUGCUUGCGGCACGAUUGGUUCGGCGAAAGGUUUCUGGGCCCAAAGCGUGAGUCUCAGCCUGUGCUCGAGUUGGAAGACAUCGAAGAAGACGUCGAAGCCGAAGCUGGGGCAGACAGGGAUGAAGAAGAGGGAACCGAGCAUCCUGACGUCGCUGCUUUGAGUCUCGUCGAACGUGGCAUUGGCAGUGGAAACAGCGAUCUCAGCAUCAACUCCUCAGACAUGAACUUCUUCGACCCACGCAAGUCGAAGCGUUUCAAGACGAACGAAAUGGAUCAGCGGGAGGAAGAAGAAAACUUCCUCGAUUCCAGCCCGGAGCUGCUCUACGAUUCCAUUCCCAUAGUGCACCAGCCAGAGACGGAGCAACGGACGCAAGCUACAGCAGAUCGAUUGAAGCCAUCCAAGUUGUUUGGAGAGAUCAGCCAAUCUGAUUUGCAAGGACCGGCUUUCAACAUGCGAGCGAACGACGCUGUUGGUAAUACCUCCAGCUCGAUACAAUCUGACCACGCACGCACGUCAAACCGCAGCCAGCAGAGCGCACAGCAAGGAUCGUCAGACGAAUUCGGAGCAUCACCAAGCCUGUUUGGUGCAGAGUCCAUGGUACGAGACAUGAACAUGGACUCAGUCAACGAUUCUGAUGAUGACGAUGCCGAAGAGCCGGCAACUCCAGAGUCUGAGCACAGCUUUGGAGAGCUGAGCCAUCAUGAUCCAUCACAACACUCGCCAGGUUCAGCAGACAUUGAUCCAACGCCACGGCCACCCCAACCAGCGGUGUUCAAUCGACAGAUUCACAUCCCCGUACCGCCGUCGUUUUAUUUCGACCCUGCGGAUCAGAGCACUCAUACAUUGGAGUAUGCGUCGAAAGCCAGCGGUCGUGACUUUGCUGCUGAGUUCAAAACGCAAGCAAAUGGCUCCGCCGAGUCCACCGAAGAAUUAACCACGCAGAGUCUCCCAGGCAGUGCCGAGACCAGCAGAAUCUUGGGCCGUCUUGUCUCGACCUCGGACUCUUUCGAACGCAUCGUGCUUGACAUGAAGAGUCGCGACAUGUCUUGGGGUCGCUCGCCCGGCAAUACGUACAUCUAUCAGAAAGAACUAGACACACGGAUUCCUCGAACGGCAGUCCUGACGUUCUUCUACGCUGAUGGCAUCAAGGAUGUGCCGGAAGGCGAAGAUAUCACUCAGCUGCCUGGCCUCUACACCGGCAUCCUCACGCACGGUAGCAACGGCUUGAGGGUCAAUGGCGUGCAACUCGAUGCGGGUCCCGAGGGCAAGUACCUGUACGGUCAGCUACAUACCGGGGAUGUGAUUGAGGUCUUCCCUGGGACCAAAGACGGCAAGAGAGGGCUGUGGUUUCGUGCAGAGAUUUACCAUGGCAAGGGCAAGACCCCUCGACCGAAGGAUGGGCCUCGCUUCAAGGUCGAGCAGCAGAAGCAGCCGAAGCAGGAGAAGCAGCCCCGCAAGAAGGAAAAGAAGGCGGAUGUCGAGAACGCUGAGAAGGAGAAUCAUGCUGAGGAAGUGAGGUAG